AUGCUCUACCUCACGCUCGAAGACGACCCUUUUCCGGACCAAGAGUACGAUGAGGAGGCUCUCCUGGAGUUGGUGCGGUCGGUGGCAAGAAGGGACGGGGAUGACCGAACGGUUAGUGAGCUCAUCAGAUUUCAGGAUGCUUUGGAACGGCUGGGACUACUUUGGACACCAUUGGAUUCCCUCGACAAACAUCAGGCCCACGAACUCGUGCGGAACCUCCACCUGGAACUGACUGCGCCGGGAGACAUGGUGUACCUCAAACACUCGCCAGCGAUGAGGUCGUACGUCGUGUUGAGGGGGACAGUUCUGCUCACUAACAACGUGCUCGACAGAGAAGGGGCGGAGGGUGUGCGUGUGCUGGGAGCGGGGCAGGAGUUCGGCCAGCCCUUGGAGCCAGACCUGGAUGGUGACAAGCCUGUUGAGGACUUUCUUGAAUAUGCGAAGACUCCACACCUAGAGCUUCUACACGACAGCGGUGGCGACGUUGCCACUACGACCCGCGGUGGGGGCAGGAAGGAUGGGAGAGCCGAGCUUCUGGUCAUCGGACGUCAGGACUGGAUUUCAACGCUCCAAACUUGCAGGAGCCAGUUCACAAACACGACAGACAAAUACGACGCAUCGAAGGAACCCGACCACCUUAAGAGCAAGGCCCGCUUGGCUUUCAACUUUCCGGCGAAAGGAAGGGCGGGAGAUCAACUCGAAAUCGCGAUCAAGUACCUCACGGAGAGGGUGGCGUUCUGCGCUGAUCUACCACUGGAGCAGGUAGCUGCCAUGGCUGCAGCAAUUGAGCUACGCGGAUUGACAGUUCCAGGCAGGCAUGUCUUUCGGAGAGGGCGCGAGUGCUUCGGUGAGGCAUACAUCAUGUUCACUGGAACUGCCGACCAGAUCGGCGGCGAUAAAUCUGGGGAUAGACUGAUAACAGAGGGAGAUCUGUUCGGUGACGAGUACUUCUCGGUGGCCGUGAAGGAUGUGCUGGGCAUCCCGUUUCGGACGGCCACGGUCAUGACCCGGACGGCUCCCUGUGAGCUUCUCGUGGUUCCCGCCAGGGAAUGCCGCCGUCUGCGUGCCUUUGUGGCUCUUCGCAAUAGCGAGAAGGCCAUGGCAAUAUUCGACAAGUUUUUCAUAAACCUCCCGAGAGGUGUCUGCUCUGAGAUCGCCUCUCUCGCCACAUUUCGCACGAUCAAGAUGAAUCAAAAGCUAGCGGAAGAUGGGGAUGAGGUCUCAACUGUCUUCUUUGUCGUUCGAGGCGAGUGCGUCUCGAAGUCGAGUAAACAGCUCCAUCAGCAGCCAGGCAAGGGCCACGAGGAGGAGGAGGCCCAGCGGUACGGCCCCGGGGACAUUGUAGGCUGGCCAUAUUUGAUGCCCAGACCGCCAGCACGUGGGCGUAGUCCAAUUGUCGCGAGAACGGCGGCCAUUACGACGACACCACAAAAGACAGCGAUCGGCGGGAGUGCCGAGGAUAAACCGAACACGCCUCCGGAAGGAAAUGAACAGGAACGGAAGCGGAGGUCUCGUCGCAACGCCAAGGAGUGGCACUGUUCGAUCACAGUAACGACCCCGGCACAAGUGCUUUCGGUCCCGUUGGCCGCCCUCCUCAGCUUUCUAUCGGAGAGGGCCAUGAAGGGGUUGAGGAGGUACAUUGCGCACACCCACAAGCAGAAAUUGGAGGGACCUUCGUCUUCAUCGCAUUCGGGCGGUCUCGGCGACGAGGAGAGUUUAGAUGGAGAGAGUGAAUUGGGGGAAUUUUUCAGCGGCCACGGAGGAUACGACCGAAACGCCCCAACGCUGUUCUCUGGUGGCGGCACAUGGAAAGAUCAAAGAAAAACAGGGAGGAUGUCUCCUCCCGUGGCCCGACUAAGACCAUCAACGGCACCAGAACUGAUCGCCUUGAAGACGGCGAUCCAAAGCGAGGAGUGCGAAAGCCGGCGCCCGAACAUAACAGUCUUGCCCGGAGGCGUACACGCUCUAAUUGAGGGGAUAUCCAGCCGAGACAACUGGCCCCGGCCGCGACCGAGCACCCGCACGCGCUGGCGUUGGCGCGUGGGCUUGACGGAUUCUAUCGCAGACCGAAUCUCGACCGCUCCGCAGGGGAUCCACAACUUGAGACGUAGCCUGCAGUCCGCGCCGAGUUCGUCGUCGUCGUCGCCGCCUGUGAUCUGGGGCUAUGCUAGAGUAGCGGAGCGAGGGAUCGGCGGGCACGGGGACGAGGCAGAAGCACGCGGCGGGCGCUGCUCCUGCCCGAUGGAAAGCUGCCGCGUUUGCUCGCCGUUGGACAGGCUUGAGCGACUGCGAAAUACCACCAUCUGGACCCCGUCACUACCAUCACGCUCAACCAAGCCCGCCAGCGCACCUUCUGCGGUGGCCCGAAGCUUUGCGAGCGGCUGCACCACACGAAACAUAGGCACCAUAGCCCAAAUGAAGGCCACUACGGAUACUCCUGGGAACACUCUCUCCGUGGAGCUAAAGGCGUCGACGUUCCGUCCCGCGACCAGACCAUACGUCCAUCACGCCGGCAAGGCCCAUGUCGCUCACCCGACGGGUGGCAUAGCAGCGGGAGAUGAGGCCUUUGGCGGAAAACCCACUCUAUGGGGAGGGUGGGGAUUGCCUUCGUCCAAGAUCGGUGGCACAGGUCAUGGGGCCGUUGCUAAGGGCAGUGAUGGUGCCCAUGGUGGGACAUCGACAAGCGGAAACAAACUCGCGGGGGGCGCCCACGUGGGCUUCCAUGAUCGCCGUACAUCACCAGCUGGUCAGGGAGGAGCGGUGAUUGCUGUCGCCGAUGCCCCCGCCACGGCCGCCGUCGCACCGAUGUCGGACUUCGGCGUCACCAAUACAAGUCUAGGACGGGGUGCUCGCCGUGAACCAGACUCGGGAAGCGAAAUGUCCUUACCUCCAGCCGCUGCAACACUUCCACCGGAUCAACCACACCUUGCACGGCUUUCGUACACCCUCGUGCAGCUGAGCACAAGGGCGGCAUUGGACCCGCACGAGCCAUUGGCAAACCUAUGCCUCCGAAUCUUGGGCUCCUUCGCUUGCGAAAAGGAAGCCACGACGCGCGUGUCAAACCUUUACCGUUCCAUUCUCCCUCCGUCAAGCGUGAGUACCGCAAAGCAUACCUCGCAGUCCAGGCUUCGAGCCGAAAAUGUGUCUAAGUCGAGUGGUCGCCCAUCCCCCUGA